UGUAUACACAAUUUCUGUUCAUAAGGGAGUAGGCAAAUAAAAACGACAUGUAGAAGACGACAGAAACUCCUCUUUCAGAUCGAUUUUUGUUGCGAACGGGUGGGUUUAACCCUCUCCAAACAGAUAUAUACCCGAAGGAAGUCUUUAAGAGGCAUUCAAGAUGGCUUCUACGAAAAUUAUUAUCGCGACUGUCCCCAAAUCCGACCAAAUUAAAGCGUUCAAUAUGUUGCCUGCUUCAAGGAAGGCACAUAUUCUGCAGCAGAUGGCCGCAGCUACGGAUGUAAAACUGGGCCUGCAGACCCCCAACCGCAAGACGGCGAUGCCUGAUACUAACCCGGCACCGAGAAAGAGACAGAGAUUGACACAUCUCUCGACUGAAGAAAAAAUGAACAGAAGGAAGCUGAAGAACAGAGUAGCAGCACAGACAGCAAGGGAUAGGAAGAAGGCUCAGUUUGAUGACCUCGAGGCCGUCACAAGCGUCAUGGAGGCCAGAAACAAACAACUUCUCAUGGAGAACUCCCUCCUGAAGAAACAGAACAAGUCCUUGCUGGAAGAGAACAAAGAACUAAAGGAACGUCUCCAGGAAAGCAAAGAAGAGACGCAGUCAGUGGUCGUUUUGGAUCAUGGCUAUUGCAUGGAGUCCACCCCCUCCCCCAUCAGUACACAUCCGACCGUGAAGAAAGAGGUUGAUGUCGAGUCACCUGGGUCCGCAGCACUCAUUUUUCCUCCGCAGCAGGAAUCGACUCGACUCUUCCUCACCUUCCUGUCGACGUUGCUGAUGUGGAGUCUGACGACGAACUUCUGGGGCUGCUCGGCCAGCUCAACCAGGCAGCCGUCAGCGGAGCCAUUCGUCUUCUCGGCCCAGAAGGACAGGACGAGCAGCAGGGAGGAGGAGCCCUUGUGUCUGGUGACGCGCAAGACCAAGAGCAAGCGCAACGCCGGGGAUUGGUGGGGCCCACAGCCAGAGCUGGAAUCCAUCAAAGAACUGAUCCAGUUUGACCACGAGUACUUGAAGCCUGUUCUAGAUGUUCAAAAUAAGAGCCUUAUAAACGGAAGCGAUCUCGUUGCUAAUGCAUCCUUGACGCAAGAUUCAGCUGAGAUCCCACAGACGAUGGGUAUCAGAAUAACCAGCGAUCGUAUUACACAGAUUGGUGAAAUGGACACUGUACAAUCUUUCAAGAUCGAAGGAGAAGAUGAAAUGGAUCUUCUUCUCGCCAUGGGUACCGAUAAAAAUACUUUUGACGACUUUGAAAGUAUGAGCCCUCUAAACUCAGACACUUCCUUGACAUGUGACCUCAAAGAACUUAUGGGAUUGGUCUCCCCUUCAAAGGACUAUGAUUCUCACAGCUUGAGUGGAAGGAGUGACUAUGGAUCCGGGUCAGACUCUGGUGUCAGUGAUGCCCCCAGAUCUCCAUUUAGUGAUGAAGGGGGUCCUCUAGGGUCUCCUGGCCUAGGAGAUAGCUUGUGGGAAGAAUCGUUUACUCAGUUUACAGAUCUUUUCCCUUCACUUGAUUUGUAAAUUUUAUAAAGUAAAAGUCCUUACAUGUAUGUCCACCUUCAUUUGCAUUCCCAUAGUAUUUUUGUUUUAUAUAGUUCAGAGUUUGAAAUUGGGGUAAAAAGAAACCAGGGUUACUUAAAUUUGCAUGUGAAGAGCCAUAUUGUGUCAAAUCACAUUUAGUAUGUGCUCAUUAAUCAGUAGUAUUACUGUAUGGUAUUUUAACUGUUUCUUCAUUGAAUUUAGGACUUGGUUUGUAAAAAUGUUGUCCCCCCCCCCCCCCCCCCCCCCCCCCCGGAAAACAAUACACACAAACAAACAAACAAAGAUUGACCAUUUAAUUUCAAGAGGAAAUUAAAUGGAGCUUGACUUUUUAGAAACAGAUUUAUGCAUUCCAUGUAUUGCAGACAAGUUUGCAGAAUUAUGCUUACAGUGUUUAUGUCUCAGCUUCUGUUAUUGUUAUAAAAGAAGUGCUGGGAAAUAAUCCCAUGUACAUUUUUAACUUAUUAUAAUGAGAAGCCUCUUAUUUUUCAAAAGUACUAUUAUUAAUUAAGGUUGUAAUAUAGCUUACAUGAAUUGCCUUUAAAGUACAAUUACAUCUCUUUUGAUUGCCCUGCACAUGUCAUUUGCUUGUUGUUUUGUUGACGGCAUUGUACAGAGAAAAUUAUUUUAACAACAAACUCAAUUGAUUUGACCGACUUCAUUUAUAAUGAAGCCUAUAAAUGUUUAUGUGUAUCUUGAUAAUAGUGUACCCAGGGGAGAAGUAAACAUUGUUUUCACCAACAUUGUAAAAAGUAUUUAGAGUCCAUUUAUUUGUGAAAACAGUGAUCCUUCAUCAAUCUGUGUAAGCUCGCAUUGUAAAUAGUGCAUUUAUUUUGAACAUCUAUUAAAAAGGCUAAAAGCACAA